GCCAAUUUCACCAAGAUGGGCUAUUUUCUUUGUUAGCUCUCCACCAAUGCAAGGGGCCUCUUAACAAAACACGGCGAGAGCACUGAGAGAUAUCAGGUAUUGAUGUAACUGGAGUGAAUAAGGGAACCUUCUUCCUGAGCACAGACAUUGGAGCCUGUUAUCAGCAUGAGCUCAUAUGUGUUAGACACGGCCAGAGCACUGAGAGAUAUCAGGUAUUGAUGUAACUGGAGUGAAUAAGGGAACCUUCCUGAGCACAGACAUUGGAACCCGAUAUCAGCAUGAACUCAUAUGUGUUAGACAAACGCUUGAAUAGUUCAUAUCCAUCCUUCACUACAGGAAGCAUUAGAAUGAUACCGCAAACUCCAAAAGUCUUAGACACCAAUGACUAUUCACAAACAUUGGGGCUAUCACAGCAGAUAUUUAAAGAAGAUGGUGAACUGGCAGGAACUGGGCAGCAAUCAUUAUGUACAAAGAGUAAUUUAGUCAUCAAACAAGAGGACAACAUUUAUGACUUAUCUAGUGAACUUAUCCCUGAGAAUAAACCACACACAUUUACUGAGUUUUCAAAACAUUUUAAGGAAGGGAAACGUCUUAAGUCAAGCCAAAUGAUUCAUACAAAUAAGAAACCAUUCAAAUGUACAGAAUGUGAGAAAAGCUUCACAUGUAAUUUGCAUCUCCUUAAACACCACACAGUUCACACAGUUGUGAAACCUCACACGUGUACAGAAUGUGGGAGAUGUUUCACAUCUAAAGGAGGCCUUAUGUAUCACAAAAAGAUCCACACAGGGGAGAAGCCUUUCACAUGUAAUGAGUGUGGGAGAUGUUUCACAUACAAGGGAAAUCUCAGAUAUCAUGAAAAGAGCCACAUAGGGGAGAAGCCUUUCACAUGUAAUGAGUGUGGGAAAUGUUUCACAUCCAAGGGAAAUCUCAAAUCUCAUGAAAAGACCCACAUAGGGGAGAAAUCUUUCACAUGUACAAAAUGUGGAAAAAGUUUUACACAUAAGAGUAAUCUGAAAACUCAUGAAAGAAGUCACACAGGAGAAAAGCCGUUCACAUGUACAAAGUGUGGAAAAGGAUUUAGGAUCAAGAGUGAUCUAAAAUAUCAUGAUAUGAUUCACACAGGUGAAAAGCCUUUCACAUGUACAGAGUGUAGAAAAAGUUUUACACUUAUGAGUAGUCUGAAAUCUCAUGAAAGGAUUCACACAGGAGAAAAACCUUUCACAUGUACAGAGUGUGGAAAAAGUUUUACACAUAUGAGUAGUCUGAAAAUUCAUGAAAGAAGUCACACAGAAGAAAAGCCUUUCACAUGUACAGAGUGUGGAAAAUGUUUUACACUAAUAAAUAGUCUGAAAACUCAUGAAAGGAUUCACACAGGGGAAAAGCCUUUCACAUGUACAGAGUGUGGAAAAUGUUUUACACGAAUACAAAUUCUGAAAAAUCAUGAAAGGAUUCACACAGGAGAAAAGCCUUUCACAUGUACAGAGUGUGGAAAAAGUUUUACACAUAUAAAUAGUCUGAAAACUCAUGAAAGGAGUCACACAGGGGGAAAUCCUUUCACAUGUACAGAGUGUGGAAAAAGUUUUACACAUAUGAGUAGUCUGAAAACUCAUGAAAGGAGUCACACAGGGGAAAAUCCUUUCACAUGUACAGAGUGUGGAAAAAGUUUUGCACACAUAAGUGCUCUGAAAAACCAUGAAAGAAGUCACACAGGAGAAAAGCCUUUCACAUGUACAGAGUGUGGAAAAAGGUUUACACAAAUGAGUCAUCUGAAUACUCAUAAAAUGAUUCACACAGGGGAAAAGCCUUUUGCAUGUAUAGAGUGUGGAAAAAGGUUUACACGAAUGGAUAGUUUGAAAACUCAUGAAAGGCGUCACACAGGAGAAAAGCCUUUCACAUGUGCAGAGUGUGGAAAAUGUUUUUUACUUAUAAGUAAUCUGAAAAUUCAUGAAAGAAGUCACACAGGAGAAAAGCCUUUCACAUGUACAAUGUGUGGAAAAAGUUUUACACAAAUAAAUGGUCUGAAAAUUCAUGAAAGGAGUCAGUCACACAGGAGAAAAGCCUUUCACAUGUAAAGAGGGUGGAAAAAGUUUUACACAAAUAAAUAGUCUGAAAACUCAUGAAAGGAGUCUGUACUUGUGAAAGGCUUUUCUCCUGUGUGACUGAGUGUGGAAAAAGGUUUACACGAGUGGAUAGACUGAAAACUGAAUCACACAGGAGAAAAAUCUUUCACAUGUUUAUAAAGUAGAAAAAUUAUCCUGUGCCAUUCAGUUAUCACAAAACACUUUCUAUGUGGGAGAAACAAAAAGAGCGAUCAAAGACCGCAUCACUGAGCAUCGUGAUGAUAUAAAAAAUAAAAACCAAAAGAGCAAUGUAGCAAAACAAACUUUAUUUUGUAGAAGACCAUUGAUAUGAUAUUCAGAAUACCUAGAUAUCCUAUAGCAGUGGCCACUUAACGCAAUGGGUUCUUAACCUCUACUAUGUAAAUAUCUUGAGUUGUAAUUUUUAAGAAUAUGCUA